AAUGCGUACCCCGAUGGCCGUAGAGAGGAGCCACAGAGACAGAAAGUGGGAACAGCAAGCAGAUACCGGGCCCAACGAAGGAACCACUUCUGGGAGCUCAUUGAGGAAAGAGAGAACGGCAACCCCUUUGACAACGACGAAGAAGAGGUUGUCACCUUUGAGCUGGGCGAGAUGUUGCUUAUGCUUUUGGCUGCAGGUGGGGACGACGACCUGACGGACUCUGAAGACGAGUGGGACUUGUUUCACGAUGAGCUGGAAGAUUUUUAUGACUUGGAUCUAUAGCAGCUUUGCGGGGCGCGCGAACUGGUCUGCUGGGCCUCAGGCGGCAGCCGUGCCCGCUUGUCGCGGCAGUGCCGGCCCGUGGUUCUCUUCUAGGCAGGCCUCUCAACUCCAGGUGCUGUCGUAAUAAUUUUUACCCAGGGCCUGUCUUCUCAAUCCCUCACCUUUCCCCAAGGAGUAUGUUGUUUUCUCUGUUUAAAAAAGUUACAAAGAUAAAUCUUAAAGUUAGUUUUUUUGUAACAUGAAUUUAACUGUCAGACAGUUAGAGCGUAGGUUUGUUGCGUCAUCUGUUUUCAGCCAGAUUCACACAGUUCUGGAUUUCCAGUACUUGUUUUUGAGGACCCCAGGUUCAAAAGUAACAGCAUUGGCCCUGCUUGGGGGUCCAAGAAUUGGGGUGAUAGGUGAAGGAUCUGAACUGUGGCAUGUAGCCUUCUGCUGUAGACUUAGGCGGAUGCUUGAGGUUUCUGGUGAAUUCUGCACAUCUGUGUUUUUAUAUCUGUUCCCUGCCCUGUAAUCCCCACCCUGUGCGCUUGUUCUGUGGUUUUGGUCUCUUGUUUAAUUGCACACAAGUACUACUGCUGGGUAACCAGAACCAGGUGCGACUGUGUUGAGAUUUUUACUGUGUUUAGCCUGAUAGGAAAAUUGUGAAAGAACACAUAUAAAGAUACAGUGGAAUAAAAUAAAUGCGGAGUUGGAAGUUGACUCCCAAGGGCUGAUCGACUUGGUACGUGUGAGUGUGUAACAAGCUUCUCAUCCCUGCAUAGAUGCAGUGUCUGUAGCCUUAGUGGAAAAACUCAAGUUUAGUGGUUUCAGCCCCGUGUGGCAAAUAGAUCUUAAAGGACAAAGCAGUAUAUUGGUAGCUGUUAAUAGAGCAGGGCUAGCUAGCUCUGUCUAUAUAAAUAGGGAAAUGGGCUUAGCCAUAGAAGUUCAAACUAUCUGGUUAUCUCAUGUAUUAACACAAACUGGGUCUCAGUUGCCAGUUGUAUUUAAUGUUUUAUGAUCUCCUAGACUUUCUAGUCCAGGCACUUUUUGACAAACCUUUGUCCUCAUUCGAGGGGUUUUGUUGUCGGGUUUUUGUGUUCGUUUUUGUGGGUAUUUGCCUCAGUCCAUCCCUGAGCUCUGCAGCUAGACAGGUGUGAUUCAGAACUAUGUUCUAAGGUGGUUUGCAGUAGUGAGUCAUGCUUUUCCACUAAAAGGGGACGGCGAGGGCGUAAUCCACGAGAUAAGCUAAAGUUAAAUUGUUAGAAGAAUUCCUUGAUCAGAAAUUAUAAAUUUGCGUUCUGUUGCUCCAUUUCCUGAAAAUAACUUGGAGAUGCCCCUGAUUUGGUCCAUCUACUGCUUUGAUUCCUUGGAUACCAACCCCUCAUGCUUUCACGUUAAGCAAAAACAAGUAAUUGUUGCAGAGGUCUCUGUAUUUUGCAGCUGCCCUUUUGUAAGACGCACUUUUCCCAAAUAAAACAAUUUUAAAAACCCAUAAUUUGGCUUUCUGUUUUGUGUAGUGAGCCAUUUUGAACUGUGCAGAUGUCAGAGCAUAUUUGUUUCUUUCAUCACCUCUUGGAUCAGUUCGUCAGUUAGUCAAAUUUCUUUGGAUAUAGGUUCAUUGAGAAAAGUUGACACCUUUUCUGAAACAUCUAGCCUGCUGAGAAAUGUUUGAGAGAGAAAGAGAUAAAGAGGAAAACCUUACCAGCUGGGAUCAUCAAAUUAUGUAUUUCUUUAUAGGAUUUUUAAGACUAACCCUUAGGCCUUCUUUAUUGGCCAGUGGCUUUGACAGUUUCUGUUGCCAU